GUGAUGUAGCCUGAUUCAAGCGUGAUUGAGAGAGGCAGACUCACCGAUCUAUAGUCUACGAUAAAUGAUCAGGUCCACAUCUUUCUCAGUUUUCUGGAAACACUAAAAAUAAUGAGGGAGUGCAUCUCUGUACACAUAGGCCAAGCAGGUGUACAGAUGGGCAACUCCUGCUGGGAGUUGUAUUGUCUGGAGCAUGGCAUCCAACCUGAUGGCAUGAUCACCUCUGGCAGCACUUCCUUGGCUGAUUCCUCUUUUGGCACUUUCUUCAGUGAAACCGGAGCUGGGAAGUAUGUACCCCGAGCUGUCUUUAUAGACCUGGAGCCAACAGUUGUAGAUGAGAUCCGCAAUGGACAUUAUCGCCAGCUUUACCACCCAGAGCAGCUGAUCAGUGGCAAAGAGGAUGCUGCCAAUAACUAUGCCCGUGGCCACUACACUAUCGGCAAGGAGAUUGUUGACUCUGUGCUUGAUCGAAUGCGGAAAAUGGCUGACCAGUGUACAGGCCUACAGGGAUUCCUGAUCUUCCACAGCUUUGGUGGUGGAACUGGAUCUGGGUUUACCUCUUUGUUGAUGGAGCGUCUGUCUGUUGAUUAUGGCAAAAAGUCCAAGCUGGAGUUUUCAAUCUACCCUGCUCCCCAGGUUUCCACUGCAGUGGUAGAACCCUACAACUCCAUCUUGACCACUCACACCACACUUGAGCACUCGGACUGCUCCUUCAUGGUUGACAAUGAGGCCAUCUUUGACAUCUGCAAGCGCAAUCUAGAUAUAGAACGUCCCUCCUACAAUAACCUCAACAGACUCAUCGCACAGAUUGUGUCUUCGAUCACGGCUUCUUUACGCUUUGAUGGCGCUCUUAAUGUGGAUCUCACAGAAUUCCAGACCAACCUGGUUCCAUACCCUCGCAUCCACUUUCCCUUGGUUACCUACUCCCCCAUUAUUUCGGCCGAAAAGGCUUAUCAUGAGCAGCUGUCUGUAGCGGAGAUCUCCAAUGCUUGUUUUGAGCCAGCCAACCAGAUGGUGAAAUGUGACCCUCGCCGUGGCAAGUACAUGGCCUGUUGCUUGCUCUAUCGUGGUGACGUGGUGCCCAAAGAUGUCAAUGCUGCCAUCGCCAGCAUCAAGACCCGUCGCUCCAUCCAGUUUGUGGACUGGUGCCCCACAGGCUUCAAGGUGGGGAUCAACUACCAGCCCCCCACGGUGGUUCCAGGAGGGGACCUGGCAAAGGUGCAGAGGGCCGUGUGCAUGCUGAGCAACACCACGGCCAUCGCAGAAGCCUGGAGUCGCCUGGAUCACAAGUUUGACCUGAUGUAUGCCAAGCGCGCCUUUGUGCACUGGUAUGUGGGUGAAGGGAUGGAGGAAGGAGAGUUCUCUGAGGCCAGAGAGGACAUGGCUGCCUUGGAGAAGGACUACGAGGAGGUUGGAGCAGAUUCUGCUGAAGCUUAUGAGGAAGAGGAAGACGAAUACUAGAACCGUCUGCUCUUGUAGCAGAGGCUUUUUGUCUAG